AUGGGCACCCUCAGCAUUGGCGAUGACGCAUUGCUCGAUCAAGCUGAAUGCUUCAAGACAUUUCUUGGUCUCAACAAGUCGGACCCGGGAGACAUGUUCUUCCUUGUGAUGGGCCUGACUGGAGCUGGAAAGAGUACAUUCGUCUCCAACUGCACAGGUCAUGCCGUCAAUUAUACUAGAAAUGGGCAACGCAUCUUCCUUGUAGAUACUCCAGGGUUUAACGACACAACUCGCUCUGAUAUCGAUACGCUAGAGAUCUUAGCAACGUAUCUUGGUGCAUCGUAUGCCAAUGGUGUGCGAAUCAGUGGUGUUAUUAUGCUAUAUCCUAUUACAAACAACCGAAUGGCCGGGUCAAACCUAAGGAGCUUAAAAAUCUUGAAAGCCAUUUCUGGAUUCGCUUCCUAUAAUAGUCUCGCCGUCGUCACCACGAUGUGGCCCGAGUCCCCAGAUUCUGUUGCAAAGAAUAUUCUUGAAGAGCGGGAACAUGAGUUGUUGACAAAUCAAGGCUUUUUUGGUGAUUUUGUCGCUAAAGGAGCCACGGCGUUUCGACACUACGAAAUAGGCUGCAGUAGAGCAUGCUCAGGACGGCGGGUCGUGGAUACCCUGGUACAACAACUUAGGGGCCAUUCCCCGCGCGUGCUUCAAUUACAACGAGAGGUCGUUGAUGAGAAAAAGAAUCUUGGGGAGACAGCGGCAGGAAUAGCCGCCGCCGAGUACCUAUUCAAAGCUCGCCUGGAACAGGACAACCAGCUCAUCCAACUUAAUGCUGAGCUAGAAAGAACACACUCGGAUUUGGAUGAGGAGUAUUUUCUUCAACUACAAGAGCUGAAGGCUGAAGUGGAUAAAGAGAUCCAACAGACUGAACAGGGUCGACAGGUAUUGGUCAAGACCAUGCUAGAUCUACAUCAAAGUGAGAAAAAGGCGCUAAAGCAGCGGAUUCUCACCCUCAAAGGCCAAUUUGAAGCUGAAGUUCAAAGUAAGGAGAUGAUGUUGCAAGACGUGCAAGAGUCUUGCGAUGCGCUUCAAAAGGAGGUAGUCCGGCUAAAAAACAACCCACAGCAACAACAACUUGUUGCACGCCGUACUGAAACACAUCGUAAGGCUCUUAUCAAGGCACAAAAAGCUGCUGAGAAGAGUCGUAGAGACAACAAGAGGGUUCAAGGGUAUACGAGGGAGAUCGUUGGUGGUGUUAUGAAUGGAAUUGCUGCAAGUGCAGUCGCUGGCGUUAUGGGUGGCCUUAUGUGUAUCGUGAUGUGA